GGCUCUGCAGCCAACACAGUACCCCAACGUCCUCAGGAUGAGCACUCUUCUCCGACCUCUGACAUGUCUAUGGAAAACAAGGACAACGAUAGCAUUCGUUCAUGGAUACUUAAGGACUUCGACGUCAGCGCCCCCACUUUCAACCCUCCAGCUUCAAGUGCCAUAUAUGAGGUUCCAGAAGAAGACAGCACAAAACAACGGAAAACAAACGACUUAGAGAAAGAGAAAGUUCUUAAGUUAAUCAACCACCAAAACUUUGACGGCUCGUUCAAUUUCGAAAAUCCACUAGUUGCUGCUGAGACGACAAUGUCAAAGGUUAAUACGAGGCCGAGGCCAGUAGGAUUCUUAAAUGGAAUAUUUCGAAGUCAAUUUCGAUCACAAUCACCACAAAAACGAUUGCACAACAGACCAUCGCUUCUCAGGCAUAUAUUGGGCGGAUCGAGCUCAAAAUCAACACAGAUAUCGGUCGAAACUCAUAUAAAUGAGUUCCUUGGAAAUGAUUUCACGAUGCUCACCAAAGCGUUGCAUGACUUGGCGCAACUAGAUCCGUCACUCCCAGAUACCAUGGCCACUAUUGUGCUGUUCGAGAGAGAUCUCCGCGAUUACUACACCCUUUUCAGUCAGUCUCUUCGCAAGGCGUACACCUUUGUCGAUGGCUCUAUUCCAGACCCAGAGGAACGGUCGGUUUGGAUGGAUUAUGCUAGGGCGAUUCUCUCUAGAACACCCGUGGCUACAAAGCCUCCAUUGCCAAAAGGAAAGGGACAUAUUUGUGUAUGUGCUGUGUGCGGUAAAAUUGCAGAAGGUCAGAGCUAUGAAGCUCACGAGCGUGCUGCUAGCGGAGACACAAACACGAGAAACUUGUCCCAGCUGUCUCGCAAUUCUUUUGUGCAGGACCACAACGCAGAAGCCAGUACCGAGAUCACAACUACCCAGCACUCCAAAGAAAAACCUCGCAGACUCGUUUUAUUCGAAAGCAUUCCCGAAUUCAGAGAUAAUACCUCCGGGGGCUAAUUUAACGCAAAGAGUUUUGAUGGUGGGUGGUGAGCUGGAUAGGAAUGAAACGUUUGUUGGAAAAGCAAUGCAAGCCUCUGAAGGAAGACAAGGCGAAAGCAAGGAGGUCUGGGAAAAGCAGUAACGAGUUUUUAUAUCUGUCGUGCUUUUAUCUAGGGUGAAAAGGCAAUUUGAUUACUAUACGCAAGUAAAUAAUGAUCGGGUG